CAGUAUUUGAUUUUCUUCAGUCGAGUUCGGUUCAGUUUGUAAAUUAAUUAAUCAACACAGUCAUGGAGGUGUUUCUAUUAUAUGAUAUGACUAAUGUCUUCUUAGAAAGAGUUGGAAACAUAAAACUCAUCGUUUUAGUUAAACAAAAGUUAGCUGAAGCAACUGAUCCAAUGUUGCAGAAAUCAUUAAAAUCAGUUUUAUCAGUUUUCGGUCAAGAAAAAAAUGAGAAAGUUGAAAAGCAGUUAAUGCAAAUUCUUGCUUUGGGUGGUCGAAUAGACGAGCUAAAUGAAAUAAAGGAAACGCUAGAUAAAGUUGUCGAUCAGCUUGCACUUCUUGACAGAAAACUUACAGAAUCAGUUUCGAAAAUUGUCAGUGAGAUUAAGUUUCAGCCAUUAUUUAAUUACUUUGGUGAAAUUGAGUCGAGCAUCAAUGAAUUUGAAGUUCUUAUCUCGAGUUAUGGUGGGAAUAAGCCAGCAUUCAUGAAGGAGUUGGAGAAAUUUAUCGAUAAUUUCAAGGCAAAGAAUAUUGAAUACAAAAUGGUUAACUACUUAGAUUUAACACUUCCUGGAUCGGAAACAUUUAUGAAAACUUUUACUGAUAAAGCUAUUCUAAUGCGUAACGAACACUGCUGUGAUGUGAAAAGCUCGCCCAUAAAAUUUGUUCAUGAUUUUUACCUCUUGAUUGCUAUGAAGAUUUAUGAGGCAAACAAUCUGUUAGCUUUAUGUUAUACUUUGAAAGAUGAGCUGAGUGAUGCAGAUGUUCGCGAUGAGAAUCAAAGUUAUCUGAACAAUCGUAAAGUUACUGUUGGUGAUAAACUUCAAUUAUCAAUGAAAAAUUCGCUUGCACAGUUCGAAGACUCAAAAUAUUUGACUUCAUACUUGAAUCUUACAUCGCAGAUUGAUGAUAAGCCAAUUCUUGCAGUCAACUGUAACUCAAAGCGAAAGUUUUACACUGGGGAUAUAAAAGUCGAACGUCAAGGAUUCGUUGUAACUGGUUUGAGAUUUCGUGAAAUCUACGAUAUGAUCUUCAUUCAAAUUCAAGUCGGCAAACUUUUACCCAUGGGAAUGAUUGAUCAGAAAACUGUCUACUGGCAAGAACUUCCAAAACCUCUUGCUGAUGACAGCACAUCAUUUGAUAAAAUUGAGUUAUCUUGUUGUGCUUAUGAUGACUCAAUCUUAAUGGGAAUCAAAUUCACUGCAGUCGAAGAUUAUGUCGCAUUACAAUUUUACAGAAAAAGACUUCAAAGUUCUCCGGAACCUCAAGAUCUUUUAUUGAGUUUAAUUGACACAGAAUCAAAAAAGAACGAGACAAUUAAUUCAAAGUAUGGAUAUUUGGAUGAGAAGUCGGAAAUUUUCAAAACUUCCAGCGAAGACAAUAAAGUGGUCGUAAAAUUGCGAACUUUUUCAAAAACUCAAUUCUUCUCCAAAGAAGCUCGUGGACCGAAAGGACAACAUCCAUUCAUGAGACCAUUUUUCGACGGAUCUGAUAUAAGUUUCGAACCGAAAGUUCCGCUGUCUGGUGCUGGAUUAAUGCAUUACACGAAUGACGAUAAUUUCGCUGGUUUAUUUGCUCCAUUUCUUAAAACGAUGAAAUAUAAGCACAUUACGUUAUAA